CUGCUGGGCGGCGCCGAGGACCCCGCCGCCGCCGCGGCCGUCGCCGAGCACGUCUCGUCCUUCCUGCACCACCACCCGGGGCUCGCCGACGGCUCGCACCACCGCAGAUACUACCACCAGCAGAUGCACUCGCCCUACACCGCCUCCCACGCAGCUGCGGCGCGCAUGGGGACGUCGCAGGUGUGUCGGCCGCACUUCCACACGCCGCUGCACCCCUGGCUGUCGGACACGAGUAAGCCGGCCUGGUGCAGCCCGUUCGCAGCGCCUGCGGGGGCCGGCGUCGGCGUCGACGAGAAGCCUCUGUCCCCCGCGCCGGUGGUGGGUGGAGGCGCGGGGGCGGCGGCCGGAGGCGGCGGGGGCGUGGCGGGAGCGGGGGCCGGUGCGGCGGCGGCGGCCGCUGCGGCGGCGGCGCACGCGCCGCACCACCUGUUCAGCUUCCCGCCGACGCCACCCAAGGACGCCACCCCCGACUCGGUGACGGCCGCGUCGUCAACGGCCGCGUCCGCCGUCUCGGAGUACCAGCACGCAGCCGCCGCCGUGGCGCACGCCGCCGCCAUGGGCGUCGCCUUCAUGCAGCAGCAGCACCAACAGCAACAGCAGCAGCAACAGCAGCAGCAGCAACAACAGCAGCAGCAGCAAGAAGACGGCAGCGUGGUCGGCUACGGCGGCGCGGGGUCCGGCGCGCUCGACGUCAAACCGGGCCUCAACAUGCUCAACUCGCUCGGGGCCGGCGGGGGCGGAGGCGGCGGCGGCGCCGGCGGCGCCAACUGCGCGGGCGGCAACGGCGCGGCGGCCGCGGCGGCGGCGGCAGCGGCGGCGGCGGUCAAGCAGCGGGAAGGUAUGGCGGCUGUCGCGACGUCGUCGUCGUCCUCGUACUCGACGUCGCCAGGGCCCGGCAGCGCCGGCAUGCCGACCGCCAACCACGUGUCCACUGUCGGCGAGUACCCCUACCCGCACCCCCACCACGACAUGGGGUACGCGGCGCACCACCACCACCACCACCCCCUGAACCACCACCACCACCAUCACCACCACGCGAGUACGGCGGCGGCGGCGGCCAUGUUCAGCGCCAAGGCCCUGGCGUCGACGGGUCACGCGCACGCCCACGGCCACGGGCACGGCCACGGCCACGGGCACCCGGGCGCCACGCACGCGCACGCGCCGCAGAACGCCGCCUCGGCCAAUGCCAAAGCGUCGCGGACGAAAUCGCGGUCCAGCGCCGAGGGCCGCGAGUGCGUCAACUGCGGAGCGACGUCGACCCCGUUGUGGCGGCGCGACGGCACGGGCCACUACCUGUGCAACGCCUGCGGCCUCUACUACAAGAUGAACGGCCAGAACCGACCGCUCAUUAAGCCCAAGAGGAGACUGUCGGCGGCGAGGCGGGCGGGCACGAGCUGCGCCAACUGCAAGACGACCACGACGACGCUGUGGCGCCGCAACCAGAACGGCGAGCCCGUCUGCAACGCCUGCGGCCUCUACUACAAGCUGCACAACGUGAACCGGCCGCUGACGAUGAAGAAGGAGGGCAUCCAGACGCGCAACCGGAAGCUGUCGUCCAAGUCUAAGAAGAAGAAGGGUGGCGGCGGCGGGUGCCUAUCGCUGGGCGGCGUCAUGUCGGAUAUGAUGAAGCCGCUGGACGCGGCCAAGGGCGGCGCGGCCGGCUUCGGGGCGGCGGCGGCGGCUGCGGCGGCGGGCGGCGGCUUCGGCGGCGGGCACCUGCACGCGAUGCCGCACUACAUGUACCACCACCAGCACCAGCAGGGCUUCAUCAACCACCACCACCAGCACGCCGCGCCGCCGGGCCCGCCGCCCGCGCCGCCCCACCCCGCCAUGCACCACCACCACAUGGCGCCCCUCGGCGGCCUCGGGCUCGCCGCCUCCUCCAACGGCAUGAUCCAGUGGGAUAUUCGUAAUACGAACAAUCUACAGAAAGUCAAUAUUCAGUGGGAUAUUAGGAAUGCAAACAGCCUGCAAAGAGACAAUACCAGCUGGCGGGCAGAGUACACGUGAUAACUCGGGCCGCAGCCGCCGGACUUCGCCGCAGCCCCUGACGCGGCGCUGUUCCUCGGCGGAGACAACCCCCUGUGGCUACCGCCGCCAUCGGACCUUCUCCUAUGACGAGGAUCACCUGUCACCCCGCAACAAUGCUGUUGACGUUUCCUGGAAGCGCUGAAACGAGAGUUUUGCGGGACCCCUUGUGAUACCCAAUCGUGACUAAAAUAUCGUCUAGCUCUGGUACUGCGACAAUGAAAACAUUUGCUGUCCAUUGUGCGUAGACAAAGAGACAAAAACGACUGCAGUUCGUCGGUUAUGCCGCAUGCGGCUCUAAAACUAAAAAAGUUAACCAAGUACAAAGAGUUGAGAAAAGAUAUGUCUAUCAGAGCAAAGAGAUUGUGAGUUGCCCUCUCUGUUCCCGCUCCCUCCCAAUGGACGCCGUGGACGUGACUACGUUUUAUGUGUGCAAUCAACAUAUUUCUUAAUAUCUAUAUAUCUAAAUAUAAUAAGCUAGUGUAAAGAGAAUUGACUAAGAAUUGUGAAACAAGCUAAAAAAUGAACGAAAUCAAGUAUCAGGUUUAUUGCAGACGAUUUCACGACUUUAUAUUUUGUAUGUGUUGCAGAAUUUGUUUUUAAGCAAUGUAACAAGCAAAAAUGCAGUCAAAACUUUCCUGUUUGUCUUCUUAAUUUUGCGAAAAAGAGACGGAAAUGGCGAUGGUCAUUACAUAGAUUGUUGUAGCGCUUUAAGUAACAAUACAAGUGUGUCCUCUUGUUGUUGAUAAUGGAAAUUGAGUCACUGUUUUGAAUCAAUUGUACGCACUUACCGUUUAAACAAUAUUCAUUACGAUAGUAUUAAAGUUUCUCUCUUUAUACAAAUAAAAACCAAUCUUCAA